AUGAACACAAACGAAAUAAACAUCAACAAUAGAUUAUUACCUCCUUCAAUAUGUCUUGUUGAAAAAAGUCUGGAUCAAACUUCUUCGGAUGAAGAUGAUGAGGUAAAAUUACCACCUCAUUCAAAAUGUCGCGAUUCACCUAUUUCCUCCGAAAAGGAUAAAGAGACGUAUAAUGAAGAGGAAUUACACUCUAAUGGGUAUCUUAUAUUAGCAACCACAAUGCCCACUGUUGAUAAAAAUGUAAAAAGUAUAAAAUUGAUUGAGAAUAGAGAAUUUUUAGAAUUUUUAAUCGAAUUUCAUAAUAUCCAUAUUACAAUUAAUGUGUUACCGUCAAGUGAAGAAGGAGAGGAAAUUGGGCAACGCGUAAUCUACUUUAAUGAGCAUCGUAUAUUAAUAACUACGAUGCUCGCUGAAAAUAAUGUAAUUAAUACAACCAUGCUUGGCGCGAGAGAAUUCUUAAUCGAAUUCGAAAUUUUUAUUGCAAUUAGAAUCUUGGAAUAUUGA